AUUAAAAUUGUGAGCUCAACACACGAUUUCGGCACACGUUAUUUCGCCCUCUCAACCGCGCCGGUACUGAGUGAUAAGGCCGGCAACAUCAGGAAUCUUCGAAUCACGAUAAUAUAAAUAUUACCUGAAUACUAUCAAAGAUGCCAAACGGUGUCUUCCUCUUCCUCGCAGCGCUAUUGGCUGUCGGUUCCGCAUAUCCUGACGGAACGACACGAUUAAUCACAUCUGAAAGACUGCCCGUUUGUGACGAGCAGAGACCUGCUGUAGAAAAUGUGACCUCGUUGCCGGACGAAGUAAACCUGUUGGAACAUUGGGAGGGAAAAGUAGUGGUCGUGACCGGAGCUUCUUCAGGAAUCGGCGCCGCGAUCUCGAAACGUCUCGUCAAAUCAGGACUGACGGUUGUAGGACUCGCUAGAACGAUAUCUAAAUUGGAGGCAAUCGAACAGAGUUUGGCGGGCGCCAAGGGAAAAUUCUACCCUGUUCAGGCGGACGUUUCAAAUGACGUAGCCGUCCGAAACGCCUUUGUGUGGAUCAAGACUAAUUUGGGAAACGUUGACGCUUUAGUAAAUAACGCCGGAGGCGCUAUCGUUGGAAAUAUUGUCGACCUGGAUGCCAGUGACUACAGAACCACGUUCGAUACAAACGUGCUAGGAUUACUCUACUGUACAAAGGAAGCUUUCAAAAUCAUGAAGGAGAAAAGAACCGCAGGAACGAUAAUCAAUAUAAAUAGCGUUGUCGGUCAUCGUAUCUACGAUAUUCCGGGUCUUGCGUUGAACGUUUACCCUGCAACUAAAUACGCAGUGACAGCAAUCAGUGAAACUCUUCAGUACGAGAUGGCCCAUGCUGACUUAAAUAUUAGGAUAACGAGUGUGAGUCCGGGUCCAGUAGAAACGAAUUUCCCAAAACCUGCGGGAUCCGGCGAGAGCCUUCCAUUUUUGUCGCCUGAAAAUAUCGCAAAUGCUGUUGCUUACGUUUUAUCGGUGCCGCAACAUGUCCAGAUUACCGAGCUGACCAUUAAACCGCUCGGACUUAAGAUAUAGAGUGAAAUAAUUAUCGGUGUUAAAUCGCAUGUUAAUUUGCUGAAUUAACGAGAAAAAAAAAUACCAAAUUUACAAUAGAACUCUGGCAAUCGUCAUCUGCAUUGCGAUGACGAAUCCAAUUUCAAACUAUGCCAGAAUUUAUAAAAUAAAAUUUCAAAAUAAUCCUGAUUAA